AUGAAUAUUUGCUUCUUAGUGACUGCUAAUUACUUAUAUCAAACAUCGAGAGAAAAACCUAGCAGACGUCAUGUUCCAAAAACAGCAUCAGCAAGACGACAAAAAACUUAUAUUAGGGAUGAACCUCUAAAAGAUAUUGAGCUGGAUCUUGAAUCAGGAUGCAAAGAUUCGACAGUACCUGGCGCUGAAAAAGUCACAGAUAAUGCUUUGGAAUGGGUGAAAACAGUUUCAAGAAAAGGUUUACGACCUAUUUUAAAAGAAUUCGCAACCGUUCGCAAAUUUAUACCACCUAAUAUGUCAACAGAUGUUUUCAACCAAAAUCCUUCUAAAAAUAGGUAUACCGAUGUAAUGUGUCUUGAUAAAACACGUGUAAUCCUAAAAGAUCGAACGAAAUCAAAUGAUUACAUACAUGCUAGCUGGGUGCAAUUACCAUCCAACAGGAAGUACAUUUGUACUCAAGGACCACUUGAUGAAACUAUCGAGGACUUCUGGUGGAUGAUUUUUAAGGAAGAAGUUCAAGCAAUUGUGAUGCUAUGCGAUUUUAUCGAAGACGGAGAACAAAAAUGUGCAGAAUACUAUCCCUUAACAACGGGGGAAAAAGUUCAAUACGGAGAAAUUACAGUUAAAAAAUUGAAAGAAGAAGAGGCAAUUCAGAUGAUAACAUGUCAAAUGAUGAGCGUUAAAUACGAUUAUCGGAAAAUCAAAAUCUAUAAGUUUAAAAUUGGCAGGGGGGAAACACAUCACGUAAAUCACUAUCGAUGGUCCAGCUGGCCAGAUCGAUCUGCACCGAGUUCUUCAGCACCGCUCAUAUCACUCAUCCUCAAGAUCAAAGCGUUACACGACAGAGGUCCAGUUGUGAUACAUUGCUCCGCAGGCAUUGGUCGUACUGGAACUCUUUGUGCCGUCGAUUAUGCCAUGGAUAAAUUCAGUGAGGAAGCAACUCUUUCCCCAGCUGAUGUUGUAAAAGCAAUCCGUCAUCAACGACUACAUUCAGUUCAGUCAGUGUUGCAAUAUCUAUACAUGCAUAUAUGUCUCGUAGAUUAUGUUAUAUUUUCUAAAUCAUUGCCAAAAGAUAUGCCCUCACGGAAGUUUCGACGUGAUUACGAGAAAUACUUGAAGAAAUUUACAGAACGUUUAGCGAAAGAAAAGCAAACGGUAGGUAAUACGUGA